AAAACUAUCUGAAAAUUAAGAAAAUUGUAAAAUAGUUCCAAAAAAUAGAAUUUGAUAAAAAAAAAUAUUGUUUUAUUAAAAAGUGACAUUUUCGAGUGUUUAAAACGUGUGCAUUUUUUUCCCCCUCCCCACUCGUGAAAUGAAUUUAAAAAGUCGAUACUUUUUUAUAGACUUUUUUCUUUAACGGUGUUUUAAAUAUAUUAAAUAUAAAAAUAAUUCUUUCGACAUUUUUUCUCCCCACUAAACGAAAGGAUUAAAGUGAGAAAGAAGAAAAAAAACAAAAGCAAUUUUAUUAUCGUUUGGAUAAAAAAAAUAUAUAUAUAUAAUUAAAAAAAAAAACAAAAUUUAGCAUGGGGGUAAAUCCGGAAAAUUCAAAACACGGCCAUGAAUUGGCUCCCCUGAAUGAAGGUAGAUUACAUACUGGACACAAUGUCACCAUUGUUGUACCAGCAAAUCAAAAUGCAAGAAAUCAGGAAACCGAAGAAGCUAAUCGGGCACAAUGGAGUGGCAAAUUGCAGUUUUUUCUCAGUAUUAUUGGUUACAGUGUGGGCCUCGGGAACAUAUGGAGGUUUCCAUAUUUAUGCCAACAAAAUGGAGGCGGAGCGUUCCUCAUACCCUUUUUCAUCAUGCUCAUAUUGGAAGGUAUACCUUUGUUCCUGAUUGAAUUGGGCCUUGGUCAAAAAAUGCGACAAGGCGCACUUGGUGUAUGGAAUACUGUACAUCCAUGGUUAGGAGGUAUAGGAAUGGCUGCUUGUAUCGUCACAUUUUUCGUGGCACUUUAUUACAAUGUAAUCAUCACCUGGUGCUUCUAUUAUCUCUUUAACUCAUUACAGGCUGUGACAUAUAAAUUUGGUGAACCUUUAUUGUGGGCUUCCUGUCCAAUGGUGAAUGGAAAACCGGUCGAAGAAUGUGCAAAAAGUUCGGAGACCGCUUAUUUUUGGUAUCGUGUAACUCUUGAUGCAUCACCAACAAUUGACGAUGGCCAAGGAUUAAAAUGGUGGAUAGUUAUAUGUUUACUAAUCAGUUGGCUAGUUGUAUUUUGCAUCGUUAUGAAAGGAAUUCAAUCGUCGGGCAAGGUGGUUUAUUUCACCUCAAUGUUUCCCUACUUGGUCCUCACUAUUUUCUUCAUUCGUGGGAUUACGUUAAAGGGUGCUGGAGCCGGAUUGGCUCAUAUGUAUACACCAAAGGUGGAAAAAUUAUUGGAGCCAAAGGUUUGGUUGGAUGCAGCAACGCAGGUAUUUUACAGUUUUGGUUUGGCGUUCGGAUCUUUGAUUGCUUUUGGUAGUUACAACACUGUCAACAACAAUUGUGUUAGGGAUGUGUUACUUGUGAGUUUUUGCAAUGCUUUUACUGCAAUUUAUGCAAGCGUUGUUAUUUUCGCAAUUCUGGGUUUCAAGGCAAUGAGUAAUGUGGAAAAAUGUCUUGAAGGAAACAAAAAUUUGCUAAUCGAGGCUGGACUAUUAAGUGGAAAUACAUCGAUUUCAGUUCAUUCAAAUGAAUUUGAAAAUGCUGUACAUCAUUUUAAUUCUUCAAUGAAUUUAAGUUUAGAUGUCUGUGAUUUAGGGGAGCAACUAAAUAAUGCUGCAGAAGGCACAGGAUUGGCUUUUAUAGUUUUUACACAGGCAAUAGUCGAACUUCCAGGUGCACCAUUUUGGUCUUGUAUAUUUUUUUUAAUGCUUCUUGCUCUUGGUUUGGGAUCACAAAUUGGACUUUUAGAAGGAAUGCUGUGCGUUAUUUUUGAAAUAGAUCUUUUCAAAAGAAUCAAAAAACAAUACAUGACAGGUGUUGUUUGCAUUAUCUGUUUCUUCGUGGGUCUUAUAUUCUGCACAGGGGCAGGUGAAUAUUGGUUAACAAUGUUUGAUAGUUUUGCCGGAACAAUUGGUCUUGUUUUAGUUGCUCUCAUGGAAAUGUUAGCUCUAAUAUUUGUCUAUGGACAUGAAAAAUUCACUAAAGACAUUGAAGAAAUGACUGGAUACAGACCAGGAUGGUAUUGGCAAAUAACAUGGAGAUUUUUGGCUCCAAUAAUCAUGGUUGCAAUUUUAAUUGCCAGUGUUGUACAAAUGAUUAUGAAUAAACCAAAAUAUCCUGCAUGGGUUGCUGCUUUGGGCAAAACCGAAUUAACAAUAUAUCCAGAUUGGGUUCUCGCAAUAGGAGUGGGAAUUAUUCUUAUAGGAAUCGCGCCAAUUCCUGUCGUUUUUCUUAUGCGAAGGUUCCAAUUAACGAAACUUGAUGUCGACAUUCAUCAUGGAAGUAUUCGUCGAAACGAUACGACAGUGUCAACUAAAGAAAUGAUGGGCGAUGUCGAUUUGGACGAUUAUCAAGAUCGAUUAGAAGACUUUCCUGAAGAAGAUGAGAAUAUCGAUAGUGACGAUGAUAAUAAUGCACCCCCACGAAUGAAAGAUAGAGGUAAAGCUUUCGAAAUGAAAGUUAUUAACUUCUAACUUUUAUUAUAGGCUCAAUUUCUCGUACUUCCGAUAUAAAUUAUGCGAAAGAACAUGAGAUAAUGAGAGAAUUAGAAUGACGAAUUUUAAAUAUCGUGAAUAGAAGUUUGCAGAACAUUAUCUCAAUAAUCAUCUAUUUAUUUACCAUAUAUAUUUAUUAUACCCCCUUAGACUAUAAAAAAAAAAUAAGAAAAAAAACUAUUAUUUAUUUUUCAAAUAAAAAUAAUAUAUAUAUAUAUAUAUAUUUUUUUAACUUGGUAAAAAUUAUGAUUUGCAAAAUAAACGAAAAUAAGGAAAAAAAAUUAAUAUAUUAUGUAUUAUUGUACUAAUAUUAUUAUUAUUAUUAAUAAUUUAUUUAUUUAUUUAUUUAUGAAACUGAAAUAUUUAUUUUAUUUGUAGUGAAUAUUCAGAUUAUCUUAAAAAUAAUUUAUUUAAAUUAAUAUAAUUAUUCAUUUUUUUUAGCUCACUGGCACAAAAAUAGUGUUUUUAGACCCUAUAUUUGUGCCUUUGGAAUAAAAAAAGUAUGCGGUAAAAAGAGAAUUAUUUUUUCUCUUUACAAUUUUUACAUCGGUGAAAGUUAACAACAUUUAUUAUCAACGAUUUAGAAGAAAAAAAAAUAUAUCUUUCUUACAAUUUUUUUAUUUAAAAAAAUUUUUGCAAUUUUUUUUUAUCAACAAUUAAAAAAAAAUUUCUGGAAAAAAAAUUAAUUUUCGCAACUUAAAAAAAUAUAUAUUUUUUUUUCAAACGUUGAUCAUAAACGUUGUGAACUUGAUCGACGUCAAUUUUUUACCAAGAAUUAAAAAUUUUAUAUAUCUUGUAUCUGCAAGCUUGACAAUUUAAUGCGGCUGAUUUCAUCAACUGUAGAUUAAAAUUAAUUGACAAUUAUGAAAGAGAUUUUAGUGAAAGUUGAUGAAAUUAGAUCUAAAAUUAUAUAGUUUUAAGCUUAUUAUGUAAAUUGUAAUUAUAUAUAUAUAUAUAGAGAGAGA